UUGUCAUCUUUUCUAUGCCCCAAGUGGACUCAUUAUCUCUCAUGGCUGGCCAGCUACGUUUAUUUGCAUACGUAUCCGUGUUUAUUUCGUAGAUUGUCGUGUAUUUAAUCAGUUUGGAGGAAUACGUUGGUGUGGUCUAUUUCCUGGCGAUGCCGGUGACUGGCUGCCUUUCCUGCUUUUGCGAGCACCUUCAUGGCUGCCGUCUUAUUGUCGAUGCUGUGGAGCCUCAGACUGCUCAUCCAAGGCGGCUCGUCUGUGGCCGCAGUCGCCUCCUCCACCUGCGGCGUCACCUGCUCCACCGACUACAACGUUCUCAUCAACUGCUCCUGCGCGUCCGUCCCGACGCACCCGCUGCGCCUUGACGUCAACUGCAGCGACGGCGAGCUCCACGUGGCCGGCAGCUGCCCGGUGACGCCUCCUCAGUCCUGGUGCGUCAUGUACCCGCCGGCGCUCUACGACGUCGCCGUCGUCGGGACCGAAUGCACGGCGACGGUCGGCCGACGGGGCGGCCCGGAGAGCGAGUUGUCCACCUGGGCGCUCUACGACGUGGUGAAACCUCCGCCGCCUUCCGACGUCCGAGUGACGAGCGCCGGCGGAUUCUACAACAUCACGUGGGACCACGGCCACGACCGCAACGAUUGUCUGACUUACAGGCUGCGCAUCCGAGCCAGCCCAGGUUUCUCGCAGGAUCCAGGGCGUUCCUUCUUGGUGGACGAGAGGUUCCUCGUCAUACGCCACAAGGAGCUGCCACCCCGCGCCACGUGUAGCGUGGCGGUCCAGGCCAAGUUGUGUCCCAGUAACCCGUCUCAGGGCCCGUGGAGCGAGUGGAGUUUCACGGUCAAGUGGACAACCACGCCGACAAACUCAGCGGACGUCGCAGCGAAAGGAUCCUGGCUGUACGUCCUGCUAGCCGUCGUCGUCGCCGCCGCCGCCGCCGCGCUGCUGCUGGGUUGCUCUCGAAAACCGUUGUUCCUGAAAACACUCCAGCUGAGCACGUACGUGUCCAAGCCGCACGACUUCUUCGAGCCGCUCUACCUCAACUAUCGAGGCAACUUCAAGGACUGGGUCAAGCCCAUGUUCAGCGAGCACGACUUUUUGGAGAACCCCUCGCGCGGGGAGAUGAUGCUGACCACCACCAAGAAGCAGCUCUACUGCCACAAACGCGACGCGAGCGCAGAAGCGGACGAGGAGACGCGAGGCGCGGGACGCCUCCUCGUCCGCGCCCCCUUGGCACAAUUGGAACACGUGUCCAUUCACACGGUGACUCUGUGCGGAGAGGAGUGCCAGGAAGGGUCCGGUCCGAACUACGGGGAGCUGCCGGACCGCGAGCCGGCGGAGCCAGAAGUGGACGAGCAGGACGAGGAGCAAGAGGAGCAAGAGGAGCAAGAGGAGCAAGAGGAGCGAGAGGAGCGAGAGGAGCGAGCCUCGCUGGCCUCCGGGCAGCGGUCGGACGACGGCUACCCCGGCGUGGACUUGGACACGGUGGACAGCGGUUUCGGGGAGUGCGCCAGCCCGUCCCAUUCCGGCUCGGGAGACCGCUGCGGAGAUUUCCCACCCGAGCGACUAACCUCGCGCUCCAACUACGUCAAGCAGUGGAUGAUGUGUAGUGACGCUGGGGAAGACUCGGAAAACGCUCCACGUUGAACAGUCGAGUAGUUUUACUCUUCAUUUUGUAAACGGAUUAUAUAUGUACAAUAUACAGAAUGUUCUUUGUAGGUCACUAAUAACUUCAUCUCACUGAAGGAAGUGCAAAGGGUGACAUUUUCUACAUAUUUUUUUCAUCUUAUUCUUGUUGGAAUCAGAAUACCUUGUUAAAAUCUUUAGGUAUUUAUUUUGUCCCCUUCAGUACCAACAAUGGGUCUAGUUUCAUGUAUUAUUUUUAGAUAUUUUUUUGUUUUGUCCAUUGACUCAAAAGGCCAGUGACACUUUUGAUUUUGUGAAACCAUUCCAUUGUGUCAAGUCAAUCAUAAGGAUGUAUUUUUUCGUAUGCAUUUUGCUCCUUUAAAUCAAAAUAUUAGGAUAACUUGUCUUUUUUUUCCCUCAUAAACAUUAUUUGAUUUUGUCCAUUUAUUCAAAAUCUCAGAAUGGCUUAUAUUCUUUCUUCAAUCAAAUCA